AUGUCAACAGAAAACAAUCCAGCAAAUAGCGAUAUGCCUCCCUCUAAUGAUAUUGGAAUUGAAUCGGCAAGAAUCGCGAAACUUCCACCUUUUUGGAAAGAAGAACCAGCUAUAUGGUUUUUGCAAGUUGAAGCAACAUUUCGUUUAUAUAGGAUUACCCAAGACUCAACCAAAUAUGAAUACCUAGUGGCAAAUUUGGAUCCAUCGGUACUGUUUUUAGUGAAAGAUAUACUAAUGGACACUGCAAAUAACAAUAAGUAUGCAACCAUGAAAAAACGUAUAAUAGAUUCCUUCGCUGAAUCGGCAGAAAAUCAAAUCAAACGUGUUUUAAGCGGUCUAGAAUUGGGAGAUCAGAAACCGUCACAUUGCCUACAGCGUUUAAAAUCUUUGUUAGCUGGCAAAAUUUCUGAUGAAGUUUUAAAGACUUUAUUUAUUGAGCGUUUGCCGGAGAAAGUCCGAAGCAUAUUAGCAGUGUGCGAUUCUCAAGAAAUAGACCAUUUGGGAAUUCGAGCUGAUAGAAUCAUGGAAACACUCUCCACUUCUACGACAUGCUUCGUGUCAGAGGUUCAACCGGAUGUUGCAGCAAGCAAUUUGUCAACAAAAAUAGAUGAACUCAUUGGUCGAAUUGAUGCUUUGGAAAACCGUUCCAGACAAAAAACACGUUCUUAUUCAAAACCGCGUACGCAAUCAAAUAAUAGAAACAAGUGCUGGUGCCAUCAUCGUUUUGGGGAAAACGCUCGCAAAUGUAUUCCUCCAUGCAGCUUCAGUAUAACAAAAAACGAAUUCCUCCAUCGACCCCAAUCUCGGCUGAAAGUGUCAAUGGUGCAUGCUCUGGCCGCCUUUUUAUAA